GUUUAUAGGUGAUCGUAUUCAGAACCGCUUUUAUGGUCACUCUUAAGGUCACUAACAGCUAAUAGCGCGCUAUUAGCGAAAAAGCCUAUUCAGAACCGCUUUUAAGCCUCUAACAGCGCGCUAUUAGGCGCCAUCUUGUGACUAACAGCGACCUGUUCGUAGAUGUGGGCAGGGGCAUGUUUAAAGUGACAGGUCGCUCAAAUAUGGCGGAACAAAUAGAGGCUAUUGCCGAAGUGGACGAAGUCCGCGAAGUUAAUGAAAUGAGAGUAAGAAAUCCGCAAGUUUUUCGAGAGAGACGUGAUCCGUUUGAAUUGUUUAGUGAUCAUGAAUUUCGAAACAGAUAUCGCUUAUCGAAAGACAGUGUACGAUUUGUGAUCAGUUUAGUGGAAGAUAGAGAUCUGCAUAGCGUUUCCCAGCCUAGUGUAUUCAGAAUAGUUGCAAAAGUAUCUAAUGCUAUUGCUGCACUGCUUCCACGAUUUGUUGUUUAUCCAGCUAGAAUGGAAACUCUUAAAACGGAGUUUUACAACAUAGACCACUUUCCUGGGGUUGUGGGCUGUAUUGAUUGCACCCACAUUGCAAUAAAAAACCCCAGUUGGGAGCGAGCUAUGUUGUAUGUUAACCGUAAGGGUUAUUAUUCUAUCAACGUGCAAGUAGUGUGCGAUGCUCAGAGACGAAUUCUGGAUAUUGUUGCUAAAUGGCGAGGCAGUGUUCACGAUGCACGUAUAUGGGAUUCGUCCACUCUGAAGGAAGAGUUUGAGGCCUCGAGGAUAAAGGGAAUCUUGCUUGGGGAUGCUGGAUACCCAUGCAAGCCAUACCUUCUAACACCGAUCCAAUCUCCUCAAACUCAACCUGAACAGAGGUAUAACAGGUCCCAUAAAUCUACACGCAUAACUGUAGAGCACUGCUUUGGGGAAUGGAAGGGCAUGUUUAAAGCUCUUCGCAACGUCAUGCAGAUACCCCUUCCGACAGCGAAAACAGCCAUCAUUGCCAUGGCUGUUUUGUUUAACAUCCGGAAGGAACACCAUGACAAUGAUGGAUAUGAUCCUGAUUCGGAUGAGGAAGAGGCCUGCGAAUCUUCUUCGGAAGGUAUAGAAGAGCAGAGUUCCUGCAUUGCUGGAGGUGCUGAGGCUCUAACCUAUCUGCCCUAUCUGAUAAUCUGUACACUACCUUUCGAUGAAGAUAUCUGCUAG